UGUCGAAGAUGUUGACUCGAAUACUCAUUAUUGGAGACAGCCAAGUCGAAUCAGCGUUAAAGACACACGGUUUCGGCUCCAUCUUAAACGACCGAUUCAAUGGAGAAGCAGACGUUAUCCUGAGGAAGUUCCCUGGUUACACAGCAGAGUGGAUAAAGCUUCUAACGAGCAGCGUGGCCCGGAACCUGGGCGCUACUCCCGACUACAUCAUCAUCCUAUGUGGCAGAGACGACUGCUUGCGGAGUAAACAAGAUACCAGACCUGUCACUGAUCCUGAAAAGUUCCGAAAGAAUCUUUACUCACUGGUAGACAAGAUAACAAAUGAAGUUGAUAUGAACGCAGAGCGCUUCAUCUUGCUCUCUCCUUUACCCAUACAUACCAUGAGAUUCGAAGGAGAUGAAGGCAAUGUCUUUGAUGGAGUUACAAUAGAUAAGAGCACAAUUAAACAAUACACGGAGAAGACGAAGGAGGUAGCUACAAGAGUGGGAGGACAGUUCGUAGACACUUCAGCUUUGUUAGACAGGGCUCUUGAUGCAAACUUCAGACAAGGCGGGAUCAAACUGUCAAACGACGGUCAUUUGAAUUUGGCGGAGAAGUUGGUAGAAUUGAUCGAGUUAACAGAAUCACCAUUUCCUUCUUUCGAUACGAUUGGAAAUGACUACGUGAAGACGUUGGGAGAAAUAAAUCAGAAUUGCUCCUUGGUCCAAGAAGACAAUAUCGCAGCUUACACUUACGUUUCUACUGUAGAUCAAUACUCUGCUUACCUAGGGAAGACAUACCGAGGAAAGGUGUGAGGUCGUGGACAGAUCACUUAUUAGAUCCAAAAUGAAAGGAAGAAAUAUUUCCGCGGGAGAGUUGCAGUUGGCUUUAUGCGUGGCUGAACUUUGGAGAAGUAAAACGAGCGAAUGAAGUUGUCAUAUCGUCUCGGGCGUCACGGGAUGUGAGGGGAUGUAUAUCUCGAUACUGGUCACCAAAUCAACACUUUUCAGCUCCCUAGUAUUGUGCUAAGCUAUAAUUAUUCGUGAAGAUAAAGUUCAUUUUUAAAAUUAGUAGUAAGCAUUUUAUUGCAAUAUUUAUUAAAUUACCCAUCGUAAAGCAAAGAAUUUUGCCGUCGUAUCAGUUUCAAAAUUUCCAAGAAUUGCUUCAUACUUCGACAUUCCUUUGUCUUUAUUCUGUGAAAAUUCUUCAGAUAUCUGAUAGCUGUUACAGAGUAAAUUCUAUUAAUCUGUUGUAUGACUUAUUAAUUCAAUAAAGCUGUUCUUUCUAUGACGCAAUAUGCAAUUUAUACCUGUUCCUGUAAUUCUAAAGA